AAUCUCGUACAAAACAAAUACACUACAGAUUACUAAUACAUAAAAAUGGUUGCCACUAUUACCAAGAAAGAAGAAUUCGAUGAAGCCUUGAAGCACUCUGGGUUGGUUGUUGUUGACUUUUUUGCCACCUGGUGCGGUCCUUGUAAGAUGAUUGCUCCUAUGUUGGACAAAUUUUCUGCUGAAUACACUUCAGCUAAAUUCAUCAAAGUUGACGUUGAUGACUUUGGUCAAAUUGCUCAAGAGUACGAAAUCUCUUCCAUGCCAACCAUCUUAUUCAUUAAGGACGGAAAGGUUGUCACCAAGGUUAUUGGUGCUAACCCAGCUGGUAUUAAGCAAGCUUUGGCUGCCAACGCUUAAAUAGAUUAUAUGUACUAUAUUUAAAUUGCACAUUAACAAG